ACGUGGAGGGGCCUCGGAUUCCACGGAGGAGCCCCAGGUGGCGCGUGGGCAGGCGGGGGCUGGGCAGGGGUGGCCAGAGAGGAGGGGGCCGUGUCGCGUCUGCUCAGUUUCCCAGCUGCCGCGGUCUCAAGAGAAUGCUCUCCUAAAGGCAGAGACACACUGUGUUUGCCCGUAGCACAGUGCCUGGCCCACACAGAGUCAGCAGCUGGUCUGGGCAUUACUGGCAUGGGGAUAUCAGCCAGAAGAGUGCACAGAUGAAUUUAAGUUUAUAAAACUGGAAGUGACUACGAUAACAGAGUUAAGAGAUAAACCAGAAGAUUCACCGUCGCUUUCAUGGCUGCCUCACAAACUUCACAAACUGUUGCAUCUCACGUUCCUUUUGCAGAUUUAUGUUCAACUUUAGAACGAAUACAGAAGAGUAAAGGGCGUGCAGAAAAAAUCAGAUACUUCAAAGACUUUUUAGAUUCUUGGAGAGAAUUUCAUGAUGCCCUUCAUAAGAACCAAAAAGAUGUCACAGACUCUUUUUAUCCAGCCAUGAGACUUAUUCUUCCUCAUCUGGAAAGAGAGAGAAUGGCCUAUGGCAUCAAAGAGACUAUGCUUGCUAAGCUUUAUAUUGAAUUGCUUAACUUACCUCGAGAAGGAAAAGAUGCCCUUAAACUUCUAAACUACAGAACGCCUACCAGAACUCUUGGAGAUGCUGGGGACUUUGCGUUGAUUGCAUACUUUGUGUUGAAACCCAGGUGUUUACAGAAAGGUAGUUUAUCCAUACAGCAAGUAAAUGACAUUUUAGACUCCAUUGCCUUCAAUAAUUCUGCCAAAAGGAAGGACCAAGUAAAGAAGAGUGUUCUUCAGCUUAUAACUCAGAGUUCAGCACUCGAACAAAAGUGGCUGAUACGGAUGAUUAUAAAGGACUUAAAGCUUGGUUUUAGUCAGCAGACUAUAUUUUCUAUUUUUCAUAACGACGCUGCUGAGUUGCAUAGUGUCACCACAGAUCUGGAAAAGGUCUGCAGGCAACUGCACGAUCCUGCGGUCGGACUCAGUGACAUUUCUAUCACUUUAUUCUCUGCCUUUAAACCCAUGCUGGCCGCUAUAGCAGAUAUCGAGCGAAUUGAGAAGGACAUGAAACACCAAAGUUUCUACAUCGAAACCAAGCUAGACGGUGAGCGUAUGCAAAUGCACAAGGAUGGGGACGUGUACCGGUACUUCUCCCGCAAUGGGUACAACUAUGAGGACCAGUUUGGUGCUUCCCCACAGGAAGGUUCCCUUACACCGUUCAUCCACAGUAUAUUCAAAACAGAUGUACAAAACUGUAUCCUCGACGGCGAGAUGGUGGCCUACAACCCUAACACACAAACUUUUUUGCAGAAAGGGAAUAAUUUUGAUAUUAAAAGAAUGGUAGAAGAUUCAGAUCUGCAGACAUGUUACUGUGUUUUUGAUGUAUUGAUGGUUAAUAAUAAAAAGCUAGGACAGGAGACCCUGAGAAAGAGGUAUGAAAUCCUUAAUAGUGUGUUUACACCAGUGCCAGGUAGAAUAGAAAUAGUGCAGAAAACACAGGCUCAUACCAAGAAAGAAGUAAUUGAUGCUUUGAAUGAAGCAAUAGAUAAAAGGGAAGAGGGGAUCAUGGUAAAACAGCCUCUGUCCAUUUACAAGCCAGGUAAAAGAGGUGAAGGAUGGUUAAAAAUUAAACCAGAGUAUGUAAAUGGUCUGAUGGAUGAGCUGGACAUCCUAAUUGUCGGGGGCUACUGGGGGAAAGGUGCCCGGGGUGGAAUGAUGUCUCAUUUUUUGUGCGCAGUGGCAGAGAAGCCCCCUUCUGGAGAAAAGCCAUCAGUGUUUCAUACUCUCUGUCGCAUCGGCUCAGGUUACACCAUGAAAGAACUGUAUGACCUGGGUUUGAAAUUGGCCAAACACUGGAAGCCUUUUCAUAAGAAAGCUCCACCAGGUAGCAUUUUAUGUGGAAUAGAGAAGCCAGAGGUGUACAUCGAACCAUGCAAUUCAGUUAUUGUUCAGGUUAAGGCCACAGAGAUCGUCCCCAGUGAUAUGUAUAAAACUGGCUGCACGUUGCGUUUUCCAAGAAUUGAGAAGAUAAGAGAAGACAAAGAAUGGCAUGAGUGCACGUCUCUGGAGGACUUAGAACAACUUCGAGGGAAAGCCUCCGGAAAGCUCGCGUCUAAGCACCUGUGCAUGGGUGGCGAUGACGACGAACCACUGGAGAAAAAGAGGAAAGCUGCCCCGAGGAGGAGGAAAGUUAUUGGAAUUAUCGAGCACCUAAAAGCACCCAACCUCUCGAACAUAAACAGAGUUUCGAAUAUAUUUGAAGAUGUGGAGUUUUGUGUCAUGAGUGGAACAAACAGCCACCCAAAGCCUGAUCUGGAGAACAGAAUCGCAGAAUUGGGUGGUUACGUAGUCCAGAAUACAGGCCCAGACACGUACUGUGUGAUUGCGGGCUCUGAGAACAUUCGCGUGAAGAACAUCAUCUCGUCAGAUAAACACGAUGUCGUCAAGCCCGAGUGGCUCUUAGAGUGUUUUAAGACCAAAAGCUGUGUGCCGUGGCAGCCUCGUUUCAUGAUCCACAUGUGUCCGUCAACAAAACAGCACUUCGCCCGGGAAUACGACUGCUACGGGGACAGUUACUUUGUGGAUACAGAUUUGGCCCAACUGAAAGAAGUGUUCUCAGGAAUUAAGAACCCUGGUGAGCAGACUCCUGGGGAAAUGGGUCCCGUGCUUGCCGAUUUGGAGCACCGGUAUUGCUGGGAUAGUGCUCCUCUUAGCAUGUUUCGACACCACACUGUUUAUUUGGACUUGUAUACUGUUAUUAAUGACCUAAGUACCAAAAUCGAGGGAGCAAGAUUGGCUGUCACAGCCUUGGAGCUUCGAUUUCAUGGAGCAAAAGUAGUUUCUCAUUUAGCCGAGGGAGUGUCUCACGUCAUCAUUGGGGAGGAUCAGAGUCGGGUUGCAGACUUUAAAGCUUUUCGAAGGAAUCUUAAGAGAAAGUUUAAAAUCCUACAAGAAUGUUGGGUAACUGAAUCAAUAGACAAGAGUGAAUUACAGGAGGAAAAUCAAUAUUUGGUUUGAGACUAGCUUUCCUAGUGAGGAAAGCCUCUGAUCUGGCCGACUCAUCACAACAGGUUAUCAUGAUGAAAUAUUAAACUACGUUUUAUUUUAAUCUCUUAAAAUCUUUGCUUAAACAAUAUUGUUAGAUACAGAGACACACUAAUCAUAACUUUUGAUAUAGAAAUGACACCCAGUGGCCUAAUGUCAAGAAAGAAAAAUUUUUAGCACUGUAGUAUUUGUUUUUAUAACCAAGAUGAUAUGAAAAGUUUAAUGUUACAAUCUUACAGAUAUCUACAAUUUUGAUUCAGAUAUUAAUAAAAUAGAUUUAGAAGCUUUUAGAGUCAUUAAAAGUAGUGGCCUAAACAGGAUUUUCUGAAGUCAAAUCAAAAUUUAAUAAUAGUUUUUGUCUAAUAAAAGCAUUGCAAGAAAAAAAUCAGAAUUGUUGAAAUUGGACUUGUAAAUAUAUGUCUUUUUAAGUUGAAGGCUAGAAUUCCUCUUUUAAAUGUGAAAUGUAAACAAAUUUAUUUUUUAAGGUUAAGGUUAAGCUCAUGAGUAAAUACCUUGUUAAUGAGGUCAUUAGCUAAAUCAGGGGAAGUUGAGUGAGAUUUAAUCGUCUAAAAACUUCAAGUUAGAUCAGUUUGAUUUUUAAAAUCUCUUGAAGUUUUAAAAGUGCUUAGCCCACACUUAACUUUUUUUCUAAAAUAGAGCAUGUUUUAAAGAAAAUAUUUUAUAUGGAUCUGUACUUCAGUGUAGAUAGUAUUCAUAAAGAGUGGUUUUCCUACGUGUAACCCAUUGAGUAGGUGUCAAAGUGGCAUGUGUUGUAACUUUCUUUACAGAGAAGUAAAUUGCUUUGACUUUUUAAAAUGACUUAUUUAUCCUUAGGUUAUUUAAAGUGUGUAUAGUAUGUGUAUCUAUUUAUUUAUAUAUAUAUGUAAUGUCUGGAUUUAUAUACCAAAUAUAUAAAUACCGAAAUAUACCAAAUUUGCAGUAUAUACAUUUUGAAAAAUAUAUUUUCAUGACAUCAGUUAAAUACUUGGAAUUUGGUACCUGAGAAACCCUGUGUAGAUUAUUCACCUGUAAUUAAAAAUUUUAGCCAAGCAGUGGAACAAAUGUAUGUUAUUUUGUUAUAUUUCUUAAUUUAAAUAAAAUAUUUAAUAUACUA